CAUCCCAGAGAUGGUCCAAAGUGAUCCCUCAGGGAAGAAUAGAGCGCAAAGCACCGGAGCAGGAGCUGACGAGGAGUGGAACAGACGCUGUUGCCCAGGACUGCUUCUUAAUUGCGCGUAAUCUCCCGUUUUCAUUCAUCUGAACAGAGGAGAAGUAAAUAAAACGACGGAGCGAAGCGUGUUUCAUCUCCUUGGUUUUCCUUCACACCGUGGACUGUUUGCAAGGAAAAAAGUGACAUUUUGCUUGUGUUUCUGUCAGCUGCACCUUGAUCCGGGGGACUGCCGCCAACUCAGUGCAGCCUCUCAUCCUGCGCUUCCCCUUUCAUCGCUCUCAACGGUGUUCAUCUUCACAGCUGCUGCUGCUGCCGCUGCUUCCCCCUCUUUUUCUUGUGGAGUCGCUGACAUGAGGUGCAGCUAACCCUGGAUGCUGACAGCUCCCCUUUUCCUUCCACAUGUCGCAUAUUUUUGUUUACUUUGAGAAACACACGCGCAACUAAACGCCAAGUGAAAUAGACCACGCCACUUUGCUCCUCUGACAGUGCGAUCAAACAGACGCAAGAGGAGGGAAGGCAGGAAGAAGACAAAAAGGAGGGAGCAAAGGAGAGGAGGAUAUAGAGAGAGUGAGAGAGAGAUAGCGACGGUGUGAAGGUGCGUUUUGAUGUUUGGCAUCCACGAGAGCAUCCAGAGGAGUGGGAGUAGUAUGAAAGAAGAGCCCAUGGUGGCCGGGAUGAACGCGGUUCGGACAUGGAUGCAGGGCGCCGGAGUGCUGGACUCCAACACAGCCGCCCAGAGCGGAGUGGGUCUGGCUCGGGCACACUUCGAGAAACAGCCGCCCUCCAAUCUUCGCAAGUCCAACUUCUUCCACUUCGUGCUGGCUUUGUACGACAGACAGGGCCAGCCGGUGGAAAUAGAGAGAACCACCUACAUCGACUUUGUAGAGAAGGAUAAGGAAACGACGGGGGAAAAGACCAACAAUGGGAUCCAUUAUAGGCUUCAGCUCCUCUACAGUAACGGGAUCAGGACUGAGCAGGACUUGUAUGUUCGUCUCAUCGACUCUAUGACUAAACAGGCGAUUAUCUAUGAGGGCCAGGAUAAAAACCCAGAGAUGUGUCGGGUCCUGUUGACCCACGAGAUCAUGUGCAGUCGAUGCUGCGAUAAGAAGAGUUGUGGCAACAGGAACGAGACCCCAUCAGACCCUGUCAUCAUCGACAGGUUCUUCCUCAAGUUCUUCCUGAAGUGUAACCAGAACUGCCUGAAGAAUGCAGGGAACCCUCGGGACAUGAGGCGUUUUCAGGUGGUUGUGUCGACUACGGUGAGCGUGGAGGGUCACGUCCUGGCCGUGUCCGACAACAUGUUUGUGCACAACAACUCCAAACACGGACGUCGGGCCCGAAAACUGGACCCCUCGGAAGGGACUCAGUCCUACCUGGAACAUGCGACCCCCAGCAUCAAAGCCAUCAGCCCCAGUGAAGGCUGGACCAGGGGCGCUACCGUCAUCAUCAUCGGGGACAACUUCUUCGACGGGCUGCAGGUCAUCUUCGGAACAAUGCUGGUCUGGAGCGAGCUGAUCACCCCCCAUGCCAUCCGUGUGCAAACUCCACCUAGACACAUCCCCGGGGUGGUGGAGGUCACGCUGUCCUACAAAUCCAAACAGUUCUGCAAAGGCACACCUGGGCGCUUCAUCUACACAGCGCUGAACGAGCCCACCAUAGACUACGGCUUCCAGAGGUUACAGAAGGUCAUCCCCAGACACCCCGGAGACCAAGAGAGAUUACCCAAGGAGGUGAUCUUAAAGAGAGCAGCAGACCUUGUGGAGGCCUUGUACGGGAUGCCUCACAAUAACCAGGAGAUGAUUCUGAAACGAGCAGCAGAUAUUGCAGAGGCGCUCUACACGACGGUGCCACGGGGGCACAACCAGCUGUCCGGCCUCGGCAGCGGCUCCGUCCAUGCUGGCAUGAUGGCAGUUAACUCCUUCACUGGGUCGGAGGUGGCACAAACAGCCAAUCAGGGUUACAGUAGGAACACGAGCAGUGUCUCCCCUCAUGGUUAUGUCCCAAGCUCAACUCCGCAGCAGAGCGGCUACAGCACCACUAGCAUGAAUGGCUACUCUAACUCUGGCAUGGCAACCUUGGGCACCUCGCCCAACUUCCUCAAUGGAUCUGCAGGCAACUCGCCCUAUGCUAUCGUCCCAUCCAGCCCCACCAUGGCCUCGUCCACCAGCCUGCCCUCCAACUGCAGCGGCUCCUCCGGCAUCUUCUCCUUCUCCCCCGCCAACAUGGUGUCCGCCGCCGUCAAGCAGAAAAGCGCCUUCGCCCCCGUCGUGCGACCACAGAACUCCCCCCCGCCCACGUGCAACAACGCUACUAAUAACGGCCUGCAAGAUCAGUCUUUUGUGGAUUCUAGCAAGUACUCAUCAAACAACUCUCUGCAGGGCCUGGCCUUCUCCUGAACGAUUCCCGGGAUGAUCGUUCCACCCAUGUAGAGGAUCUGGGAUGGCUGGAGAUUUGGGAAUGUUUGAGAGGGGGAAAAGUCACAGUAGCAGAGUCUGGCGAGUCUCUGUUGGGCUCCGGAGCUGAGCUGAACUGAAGGAAGUGAAGAUAAGACGCAGGACUCAGGCCUUUCCAUUGGGAUUUCAUCUGAAGGGAUAAGGAGAGGAACAAGGAACAAUACGAACCUUUGUGAUGUAAUUUCCCUCUUGGUUGAAUUAGUGUAGCUUCUCUGACACCGCGUUGGAUGGAGUGUAUAGAGACUGAUAGUUUACCCACAGUGUGACACUGACCUCAUGAAAAGAGCAUUUAUUUAUCUUUUAUGUUUAUGCCUGUAAGGUUUGGGUUUGAUUAGCGGAGGCCCCACGCCGUCUCGCAAACAACAGUGAAGAGUUGGUUUGGCCAUGAAGUUUGCGUAACCUCUGUCACAAUAGAAGAUGCUUUCUUUAGUGAAACCACAUAACAACACACUAGCCAAAUGGAGCUAAGGUCAACAAUAACACAAAAACAAAGAAAUACAGAAAAGUCAACCUUCAACUUUGCUGCUAAUUAUCCCAUUUAUCUAAAAAUGGCAUAAGAAAAUCGCCCUAUGCUAAUUCCACAUCAGAUACCAUGCCUUUCUUUCCCUCCCCGUUUGGUUGGUUUGUUUGUUUGUUUGAAUUUUAAUAAAACUGUGAGGAUUGAGCUGUUUGCAAUAUGCUUUUCUGCUUGUCAUGUGAAGAAAAAGGUGGUGGUUUAGCCAAAAUUGACAUUUUGUCUGAGAUUUGAGUGAAAAGCCAGAGGAUGUGUGUGUCCAGCCAGCACUGUACUGAAGGAGUCUAGCAAAUAUCAAAUUAGAAUAAAUGCGUGAUAUAUGUGAUAUAUUUUUGUAUAUAAAAAAAAAAUCAUUUGAUGUUUUUUUUUUUUUUUUUUGCGAUAGCUAUAGUUUGAAAUGUAAACAUUAAAAUGUCUUAAGGCAGCUUCUCAGUACAGAAAAUAGAUUUACUGUGUGUUGUCAAUAUCUCAUCUGCUACACAUGACAAACAUGGAUUUGGAUACAAAAAGGGGAUUCUGUAAAAUAUCCUAUAAAUAAUGUAUUUAUCCCUUGUAUUUGUACAUUGCCUCUCACCCUCGUUUAGUUGUAUUGUGUACGUUUAAUACAGUAAGUGAACAUAUUUCACAAUGUUUUGUUUCGUUAUUUGCUGUUGUCUCUCACUAUUUAAAUGUGACUUUUUUUUAAAAAUCUUUUUUGUUUUGUAUGUUGAUUGUUUUGCAUUGGUGAACCAUGCUUUCAGUUGUUGAUUCAAAAACAUGCCAUUGUCUAUUUUUGUAUUAUUUGUAAGUUAAUAAAACAUUUCAGUUUAUUUCCUUAUGAAAAUGUUUAUUGUAUGGCAAAAAAGUAGCAUCUUAUUCAGAGUAUUUGGUUGAAGUAGAUUUUUUAAGAAUAUAUACACACAUUAAUAUAUACUGUAAAUCUAUAUCUUUUUGUUGGGGCUUUCAGAUUGAUCCUGUUCUUGAACUGAUAAUAUGCAUGGGUUCUUCUCUUGAGUGACACUUUCUUUUUGUGUGUGUGUGGAAACCAAGAGAACUAAGAAAUUGCUCUGUGUUUUUCUUUCUUUGAGUUCUUCUUUUUCCCCCUCUGUUUUCUUUUCCUAUGUUAUGUAUGCCUGCUUACACUGUAUCUAUAUACUCUUUCUUUUGUUCUGUCACUGUAAUCUUUACCAGCAGUCUAGAUGCCUUAACAAUGCAAACCCAUUCUUCAUUCAAUCACAUGUACAGUUUUCUACCCUCACCACAAUUGUCUAUUGCCACAGAGGAAUUCAUGGGAACUUGGGGACAAAGCACAAACACACUGUUUGGUGGUGAAGCCAGACUAGAAUACAAAGAGCCAUAAUUCAACAAUCACACACCCCGAUGUACCCCGAUGUACCCCGAUGUACAGCAAUGGCACGCUUUGAAGGAGGCGCGUCCCAGCAGUGCUCAUUGCACUUUAGUGUUCACAGAAACACUUUUCUUUCGUAGCGAUUAUGUAGCGUUUUUGCCAAUUAAUGAAAUUAUUUCAUCCGCAUGUUGGUAAUAUUUCUCAUUAACCACUGGAUCACAACAGUGUGACAACACAGAGCCCUUUUAAUUGUAGUACAAAGGGGCGCACAGUGAGGUGAAACACUGUCAGCACAAUUUGAAUCUCACACAGGUCUGACUCCAGUAUCUGACAUCCGAUCACCACGGUCCUGCUCUCCAUGUAUCAGCCUUCGGACAAUACAGCUUCAUUACAAGCUAAACAGAACAAGUGAGGAAGCAUGAAAGGGGGCUCCUUGGCCCCUCAGCCAUUUCUGUAGUCUUUUCUUUGUGUCUGCCGUGUGUCUUCAAGCUGUUGCUGGACAGAGAAUAGGGCUUUUCUCUCUGCUUUUCUUUCCUAGAGCCUGGUUUUGUUAAGUGGGUAGAAAGGAGCGUUUUAACAGAGGCGCCUGCUGACAGACGAGUGUUUUUCGGGCACUUGUGUGCUUGUGCUGGUCGGGGCCGGGCGGGAGGGGCCGCACCAUAUCUGUUUCAAAUGAACUACAGAGGUCUGUUGUCAUACAAUGGCUUCUUUGUAAGCAAAGUUCCAUCCUGAUUAUGAAUAUUGGUAAUGGGUGACAACGUUUUCUAUUUAGGUAUGAAACAAUGAAAAAAAAAAAGAUGCAAACCAAAUAGCUGGUGUCUAUUUUUCCCUCUGUCUUGUCUUUGACUGCAAACACACUGAACAGCUCUAUGAUAUAAGGGAAGAAUUCUACUGUAUAGAUUGUUAUUGUUUUUGAUGAAAAUUGAGCUGUAAGAUAACUUUUGGACUCUCACAAUGUUGAAUUAAAGUUACUUCUUGUCUGUGA